AUGGAACCUCAGUCCAUGGAUCAAGGACCUCACCGGAGACAUAUGGGAGCUAAAUUAUUCAGAGCUGCAAGCUCAGGAGAUGUGAAUGCAUUCUCAACUCUGCUUACAUUCACACCACCUAAUCAUCCUUCUCUUCUUGUUGAUCAGCUAAAUUUAGAUGUCCGAUCAGUUGAUCAGCUAAAUUUAGAUGUCCGGUCAGUCAUUCACGCUGCACCGGACACCGAAACAGAGAGCAUCUUCAGCGUCACAGCUGGAGGAAACACAAUCCUGCACAUUGCUGCCGAACAUGGCCAUCUGAAGUUUGCCCAAGCAGUCUUCAAUCUAGAGCAAUCCCUGGUGGCCUCUGUGAACUCGAUGCUUGAUACUCCACUGCAUUGCUGUGCAAAGGCUGGUCAUUACCAAAUGUUAUGCUUUCUCAUUGAUGCUGCACGAGAGGAAGUCUUCGGCCAUGCUUUUCAGGGCUUGCUGAGAGCUAGGAACUUGGAUGGUGACACAGUACUACACCAUGCGGUACAAGGCAAACAUUUUUUGGUGGUCGAGAAGCUGAUCGCCGUGGACUAUGGAUUAUCUUCUGUUGUGAAUAAUUCCGGCUUUUCUCCGCUUUAUUUUGCUGUAAUGCAAACUUCGGUAAGAAUGGUCAAAGCUUUGCUGAAAUCUUAUUCUUGCUCUUUUGCUGGUCCUGGUGGUCGGACUGCCUUGCAUGCUGCAGUCUUUACAUCAAAAGAAAUCACUAAGCUGUUGUUGGAUUGGAAGCCAGAAUUAGGCAGGGUUGCAGAUGAUUCCGGUAGCAUUCCGCUUCAUUAUGUAGCUGCUGCUGGUGAUUCACACAUGGCAAAUAUCCUGUUAGAGCAUGAUGCCUCUACAGCUUAUAUACCCUGA